AGUUAAAAUUAGUCAAUAAAGAGGCGGUGAAACUUGGGAUUUAGCGCCAAGUUAAAUCUGCUCCUCCCUGACGUUGAUGCUUCAAGUCAUCUGUUUCCUACAAGGCGCCAGCUCAGAGGAACCAACCCGGCCUGGAAACACGCAGACACACAGAGCACCUCCGAGUGUGAUCAACAGGCGCUUACAUAGCUCCACAAUAUUCAUUUAUUCUUUUUAGACGUGGAUAAGAGUGAACUUCAAGGCCAUAAUCUUGAGGUUUACUCCGAAACUGACACACAUCCCUCUGAGUAUAAUGCGGGAAAACCGGGAAGAGGCACAAACGAGGUCUGUUGCUCCCGAGGCGCCCAAGGAAACUACAGUACGAUCGAGAAAGAGGAAGGCAGAUGUUGCCAUUUACCUACAAGAUCUGGAUGACGAAGAGGUAGCAGAGAUGACGAAGAAGAAGCAACGUGAAUGUGAGCUGAGCUGGAGUCCUGAUCCUACUUGCACAAGUCCACACAGGUGGAUACCCACACCUGAUCAAGAAGAGGACCAACCUGUUGCCCUGAUAAAUGCAGGCUUCCCACACUAUAACUUUAACAACAUAUUUACAACCCCUGUGCGUUGUGCCCCUCUUCCCACAUUGUGCUGGGCCAGUAAGGAUGUGGUGUGGAACAACAUGUUGGAGAAGGAUAAGACAUACACCAGGGACAUCCACAUGAUGGAGAACCAUCCUCAUCUGCAGCCCAAGAUGAGGGCAAUUCUCCUGGACUGGCUCAUGGAGGUGAGUGAAGUGUACAAACUGCACAGGGAGACAUACCACCUCGCUCAGGACUACUUUGAUCGCUUCAUGGCCACCCAGAGGAAUGUGUUCAAAUCAACGCUGCAGCUCAUAGGCAUCACCUGUCUCUUCAUCGCUGCUAAAGUAGAGGAGAUGUAUCCUCCCAAGGUCCACCAGUUUGCCUACGUUACAGACGAAGCCUGCACUGAAGAUGAAAUUCUCAGUAUGGAAAUCAUUAUCAUGAAGGAGCUCAAAUGGAGUCUCAGCCCACAGACUCCCAUCUCCUGGCUCAAUGUUUACAUGCAGGUGGCGUACCUGAAAGAGAUGGACGAGCUGCUCAUCCCCAGAUAUCCCCAGGCUACAUUCACACAGAUCGCAGAGUUGUUGGACCUGUGUAUGCUAGAUGUGCGAUGCCUUGAGUUUUCCAAUGGCAUCCUUGCUGCUUCAGCCCUGUUCCACUUCUCAUCCCUGGAGCUGGUGGAAAAUGUGUCAGCUCUGAAGAGGGUGGAGGUAGAAGAGUGUGUGAGGUGGAUGGUACCAUUUGCAAUGGCACUGCGGGAGGUUGGUGGGUCACCAAUGAAAUCAUUCACAGGAAUCCCUGCAGAUGACAUGCACAACAUUCAGACCCAUGCCUCCUACAUGACAUGGCUGGACAAGGCCUACUCAUACCGGGACGUGGAGUUGGAACGUCAUGGCAACUGCCCUGUCCCUUCAGGUGUCCUGACUCCACCCCUGAGCAGUGAGAAAACGGAAGAGUUGGUCCGAGUGGAUGCAGCAGUGCUGAAAAUCAGACCAAGAAUGCGUACUCCAUCCCCACAAGGCCUCUUCCGAAGUAGUGGAACAGACACUGAAACUGACACGAUGACAUCCUAAUCUUUUUUUUUUUUUUUUAAUUUUUUUCCUUGACAUUGUAGCUGCAAGUGGAAGAAAAGCUGAAAGCGCUGAAGUGUUGAACAGUGACUCUGCAGUAGCAGUACACAUAUAUAUUAUUGGAUUUGGACAGUGGGGGAUACGUUGGAAAUGGUGUUUUCUUCUUUUGAUGUCAUGAUGAGUUCUUGGAACCAGAUGCUUUAUCUGCAUUGGGUGCACGCACUGACGGCUAAGGAUAGGGAUACACUGACACACAGUGAGCAGAUACUUUGGAUGGUCCUUGUCCCAACCCCCCAUUUUGGAUGAAAACCCAAAGGACUGUUUGGGACAGCUCAAGGAGAUUUUUGUGCAGCAUUGCACCCAAAUGCGUGCAUUAAGUACCAACCACAUCUACAUUUAGUGGUUGCUUUUUUUUUUUAUUUUGUAUGCAGAGGCCAAAUUGAAUAGACAUUUUAUGGAGUCUCUACUUAAUUUUGUGCGCGUAUGUGUGUGGGGUGAUUGCUGUUUUUAAUCAGUGGCCUCAUUUGCCCAAAAACUAUUCCUAGAGUCACGUUUGGCUCUAAGUGCUGCUAUAAAAGUGGGCUUUGCAUGAUAGAGGGGACGAGUGCAUGUGUGUGUAUAUGAAGUAGUGAGUUACUCUUGUUUUUUUUUUUUUUGGUUCCACCUUCGCCAUUUUAUCAGACAAAACAUGGCCAUGUUUUGCUUAGGGACCAGUAGCUUGGCUACUUAAAUGGACAAGUGAACCAGCCAGGCUUCAGAAGCUAAGAUGUUGAUUGUAUUUAACGUUUAUUUUAAUCCCAACAAGCGGUUUGUUUUUUGGUUUUUUUUUUCACCACCAAAAUGUAAAAUUUCUAUUUGACUUUUUAAAAUAAAAUGCUGCUACAUGUUUUCCAUUAAACAUGGGUC